AACAUAAAAAAUAGAUUUUGGUAAAACUAUCAUACGGUGGCGCAUUAUAGAUGAAUGGCCAUGCCCUGUACCUCAAAUAGGGGUGGACGUGCCGGGUUACUUUUUCGUGCACAAUCAAGCACUAACGAAGCACUAACUACUGGAACGUAAUAUUUCGUUAGUGCUUGACUAGCGCGAUGUUAAGGGUAGAAUUAAACAUUAAGGUGUGUACUCACUUGCUACAAAAUGCCCCGAACGAACCAAACGCGCCGCGCGCGCUGUAUAGAUUCCGACAAACUUUUUGCGGGGGAAAUUUGGGCUCUUUGUAUAGUUUGCGGUAUUUGAUGUGUUCCCAUCAAAAUUGGAAAAUGUUUGGCGCAUUCUAUUCUGAUUGGGUCAACGUACGGACGACAAAUUUGUUACAGCGCGCGCGGCGCGAUUGGUUUGAUCGGGGCAUUUUGUUGCAAGUGAGUACGCACCUUUAGAUAGGCCACUGGCCAGAUUUCGUAAUACACCCGAACUGCUUAUCUUAUCCUUAUGUACGGGUAUUAUAUUAUUUUUAGUUGAUUUUUACUGUCUCUUACGAUGCUUUAUAGUAUAAUUAUCUGUUUUUUAGUAAUUGUAAAUACUGUGGACAGUGCCCGUAUCUUGGGGGUCUAUCCACUACCAUCACGUAGCGAUUUCAAGCUCUGUGACCGACUUUUUAGGGAACUCGCACUCAGAGGCCAUGACGUGACGGUUAUAAUACCAUUUGAGGACAAUCGGCCAAUGGCAAAUUUUAGGCAAAUAGUCCUGGCAAACGCAGCCUCCGCAUCUACAGAAAACCAGCGCAUAUUUUUUGAAGUUCCCACGCGCAAUAUCUUCGAGAAAACUAUUUGGUUAGAUUCUUUCGGCAUUCAGUUUACUGAGAUGACUUUGAAUGAUACAAAUGUAAAGCAGUUUUUGCAAGAACAAAAUAGCUUCGAUCUAGUUAUAGUUCAAUACCUAAAGAGCGACGCCUUCCACGGUUUUUGCUAUCAUUAUGGAGCGCCUUGCGUUAUGUUCAAUUCGGUAACAUCGCCUAGCUUUUUUCGGGACAACGUGGGAAGUAUAGCUUCGCCUGCCUAUGUUCCCGAGCUGUUUUUAGCGCUUACUGGUGAAAUGAAUAUUUGGCUAAGAUCUUAUAACGCACUCGUGCAUGUAUUAACUAAACUCUCCCUUCAUUUAUAUUUUUACCCCCAUCAAAAUCGUUUACUGCAAAAGUACUUCCCGGGGGCGCCCCAUUUAGACGACCUAAUUUAUAACGUAUCACUAGUCUUGCUUAAUGGCCACACAAGUGUGAGUGAAGCCAUACAGUACACGCCCAACACUAUCAAUAUCGCCGGCUUUCACGUGAGCACCUCUAACGAAUUACCCGAAGAUUUGCAGAGAUACCUAGACCAAGCUGUAGACGGUGCCAUUUUAUUCAGCAUGGGAUCUAACUUGCCUUCCAAGUAUUUAGAUGUAGCCAAAAGGGAUAUCUUUUUGAAGACAUUUUCUAAACUUAAACAAAAGGUUUUGUGGAAGUGGGACGGAGUUCGCCUUCCAAACAAAAGCGAAAACGUACUGACCCGCCAUUGGUUUCCCCAGCAAGAAGUUUUGGCUCAUCCCAAUGUCGUCCUGUUUGUUACCCACUUCGGACUACUUAGCACAAUUGAGUCACUAUACCAUGCCAAACCGAUGCUUGGUAUACCGGUAUUUGCUGAUCAGGUGUCGAAUGCUGCACUUUCCCAGGCAAGAGGUUACGGUAGAUACAUUCCUUUCCAAGACUUGAGUGAGGAGAAUUUUUAUGAUAACAUACAUGAGAUGCUAUCGAAUCCCAGAUAUUCUACCAAUGCCAAGAAACAAAUGAAAAUUAUGCACGACCGACCCCAAAGUGCAAUGGAAAAUGCUAUGUAUUGGGUCGAAUACGUUGUACGUCAUAAAGGAGCUCCUCACCUAAGGUCUUCUGGUGUAACUUUGAAGUGGUACCAGUACUACUUGGUAGAUGUCAUGGUUUUCUGUGCCGCGUUUGGUGUGGUUUUUAUAUACCUAACUAUACAGAUUUUCGUAUUUAUUUACCAAAACGUAAAAGUGACUAAGUGAUAAGGAGGCGGCGCUAUUGAAAAUGUACAAUGCAACUGACAUUACUUAUAACUAGGGGAUACACACGAAAAUGUCAUUAGAUUAAGUGUGAACACUUGAAUAAAAAUAUAUGUUAAACAAGGUA